AGUGGAGAGACCCUUAACUAGGGUCCUGAUCCAUAAAUCCACAGAUUAACCCAAAACUAAAAACUGUUUCAACUGUCGCCGUCGGAUCUCUCUCUCCUUCACCAUCACCGUCUGUUCUAUCUUCUCUUACCUCUCUCUCUCUCUCUCUCUCUCUCUGUGUCUGUGUCUCUGCUGCUCACUAAACACUGCUUCCAUGAUUGGUCGCGGUAAGCGACUGCACUCGAUUAGUCGAUCUGAAGUUGAAGUUGCGAUCCGAUGGAACCGUUGUCUUUGCCGUUUUCUUGAAUCUCCGGCUUGUUAAAGCGAUGGAAGAGGAGAGUCAGGACAGCAAACUCAAUAGAAUGAGUUGCAGCAGUGGCAUGCCCGAUGUCGUUUUAGAAUGUGUGAUGCCGUACAUAGAUGACCCACGAGACCGCGACGCUGUUUCACUGGUUUGUCGUCGCUGGUAUGAGCUUGACGCCUUAACGCGAAAGCAUAUAACGAUCGCUUUAUGCUAUACCACUAGUCCGGAUCGGUUACGACGUCGUUUUAAGCACCUUGAAUCCCUAAAGCUGAAAGGGAAACCAAGAGCUGCUAUGUUUAAUUUGAUACCGGAGGAUUGGGGAGGGUUUGUGACGCCGUGGGUUAAUGAAAUUGCCGACUCGUUUGAUUGCUUGAAAUCUGUUCACUUCAGACGAAUGAUUGUGAAGGACUCGGAUCUGGAGCUUCUCGCUAAGUCUCGUGGUCGGGUCUUGCAGGUCUUGAAACUUGAUAAGUGUUCUGGAUUCUCUACCGAUGGGCUUUUACAUGUCGGUCGCUUGUGCAGGCAAUUAAGAACUUUACUUUUGGAAGAGAGCUCGAUUCUUGAGAAAGAUGGUGAUUGGCUACAUCAGAUUGCUAUUAAUAAUACAGUUCUUGAGAAUCUAAAUUUUUACAUGACGGAGCUAACCAAAGUCAGAUUUGAAGACCUUGAGCUCAUAGCCAAAAAUUGUCGCUCCUUAGUAUCUGUUAAAAUUAGUGAUUGUGAAAUAUUGGAUCUUCAUGGUUUUUUCCAUGCUGCAGCUGCUCUAGAAGAAUUUUGUGGGGGUUCCUUCAAUGAUGCACCGGACAAGUAUUCUGCUGUGACAUUUCCACAAAGAUUGUGUCGAUUGGGUCUGACCUAUAUGGGAAAAAAUGAAAUGCCGAUAGUGUUCCCUUUUGCACCCAUGCUCAAAAAGUUGGAUCUCCUCUAUGCAUUACUUGACACAGAGGACCAUUGUUUUCUAAUUCAAAAGUGCUGCAACUUAGAAGUUCUUGAGGCAAGAAAUGUUAUUGGAGAUAGAGGGCUGGAAGUUCUUGCUUCCAGUUGUAAGCGACUAAAGAGACUUAGAAUUGAGCGUGGUGCUGAUGAGCAGGGAAUGGAGGAUGAAGAAGGUGUAGUUUCGCAGAGAGGAUUGAUUGCUUUGGCUCAGGGCUGUCUGGAACUUGAGUACAUGGCUGUUUAUGUUUCUGAUAUCACAAAUGCAGCACUAGAACAUAUUGGUGCUUGCUUAAAGAACCUGAAUGAUUUCCGCCUGGUCUUGCUCGACCGAGAAGAGAGGAUAACUGAUCUACCACUUGACAAUGGUGUUCGAGCUCUAUUGAGACAUUGUGAGAAGCUCCGGAGGUUUGCUCUGUAUCUUCGACAAGGAGGAUUGACUGAUGUGGGUCUUGGUUAUAUUGGGCAGUACAGUCAGAAUGUGAGAUGGAUGCUUUUGGGUUACGUUGGAGAGUCUGAUGAGGGGCUUUUAGCAUUUUCUAAAGGAUGUCCUAGUCUUCAAAAGCUAGAAAUGAGGGGCUGUUGUUUCACUGAGAGUGCAUUGGCUAGAGCUGUGAUGCAACUGACCUCUUUGAGGUAUCUGUGGGUGCAAGGUUAUAAAGCAUCGUCAAUUCCAGGUCGUGAUCUUUUAACAAUGGCUCGCCCAUUUUGGAACAUUGAGUUAAUUCCUCUUAGAAAAGUUGCCAUGGUUAAUCAGGUUGGCGAAGAUGCGGUGGUUGAGCAACCAGCCCAUAUACUUGCAUAUUACUCCCUUGCUGGACCAAGAACAGAUUUUCCAGAGUGUGUUUUGCCCUUGGAUCCGAUGAGGUUGGUUUCUGCGUAGAGCUGUAUAUGAUGUUGCGUCUCUUUCUUUUCCUGGUAAUGCCCUGUUUGUAAAUUUCAUCCAUAUUUCUUUUUUUUUUUUUCUUUUUUCAUUUUGGUAAGAGGGUUUCGGUUUUAGUUCUAAUUUCUAUUUCAUUUUACCUAGACAUUGGUUUUGUAAUAAGCUUGCAUUUUCUUUGUAAUUUGAUACUACUUGUACUAUUGCUGCACUACUCGUUCUCUUGUGUAGGAUCCAUUAGCCUAAGAUUAGUAGUUUGGAAACUUCAUCUUCUGAUUUAAUGUUGUUGGAAAUUGUUGUUACUCAUUGAAACUGGGGAUGGUUUGAAUGGAGCUGAUUCACUUGAUUCCUGU